UUUUUUUUUUUAAAGAAUUAAAUUAAAUGAGUUCAUAACUCGGGAAUGGAUCGUUAACAAUGUUCCCUAGGCAGAGCCGUCGAAUUGAAAAUUUCUACAGUUUCUGCGCUUUCUAUUUUGGGUAUGAAGAUGGAGACGAAGCUUGAAUGAGAGAGUGUUGGAUUCCGUUAGAUUUUCAGAGAGAUAUUCGCCGGAGAUGCUCUUGAAGCGUCAGAUUUUCAGGUGAUGAAAUGCAGCGCUGAUUGCUGGAGAGAGUGAAGGGGAGGAGGGAAAAUGCGAGACAACGACACCCGGAAGUUGAUUGUUGCUCCGCCUGUUGUAAUCGUUGGUCGGAAUCGUUCUCAAGUUGGGAAUAGAAGGGUUACUCCGACUACCAUUAUAACAACGCACUCUACAGCGACGACGGCUGUUUCGACGACUACUAGGUCGGCGACCGUCGUGGAGAAGCAUCUGCCGAACGGAGAUCGUUACACGGGGAGUUUCUCGGGGGGAGUUCCGCACGGAUUGGGGAAGUAUUUGUGGGCGGACAGGUGUAUGUACGAGGGUGAGUGGCGGAGAGGGAAGGCGUCGGGGAAAGGGAAAUUUUCUUGGCCUUCUGGAGCUACCUACGACGGCGAAUUCAAAUCGGGUUUGAUGGAGGGAAUCGGUACUUUUAUUGGAUCUGACGGAGAUUCGUAUCGUGGAUCGUGGAGUUCAGAUCGGAAACAUGGAUUAGGGAAGAAACGGUAUACGAACGGCGAUUUCUACGAAGGGAGUUGGAGGAAAAAUCUCCAAGACGGCCAUGGCCGAUACGUUUGGAAGAACGGAAACGAGUAUGUCGGCGAGUGGAAGAACGGCAUGAUUUCUGGUCGGGGUGUUUUAACAUGGGCGAACGGGAAUCGCUACGAUGGGCAAUGGGACAACGGAGUUUCUAAAGGGAACGGGAGUUUCAUUUGUGCCGACAGUAACUGGAAUAAGAACUUGACCAUCACAUUACGGAAGAGAUCAUCGGUGGAUAUAGCAAGAGGGAGUGUAACAGAGAGGAAUUUCCCGAGAAUUUGCAUAUGGGAAUCCGAUGGUGAAGCCGGAGAUAUCACCUGUGAAAUCAUUGAUCAUGUAGAGGCGUCGAUGUUGUACAGGGAUCGUGAUCUUUUUAGGCAGUUUAGGAGGAGCCCCUGCUGCUUCUCCGGCGAGGCCAAGAAACCAGGCCAGACCAUUUCUAAAGGACACAAGAAUUAUGAACUGAUGCUUAAUCUCCAGUUGGGUAUCAGACAUUCCGUUGGAAAGCAUUCUUCAGUGGUGCGUGAGCUGAAGUCCAGUGACUUUGAUCCAAGGGAGAAAUUCUGGACGAGGUUCCCAACCGAAGGGUCGAAAACGACGCCACCCCACACGUCAGUCGAGUUUCGUUGGAAGGACUACUGCCCUGUGGUGUUCAGAUGCUUGCGGGAGCUGUUCGAUGUCGAUCCUGCCGAUUAUAUGCUAGCAAUUUGUGGGAAUGAUGCCCUCAGGGAGUUUUCAUCGCCAGGAAAGAGUGGGAGCUUCUUUUAUCUCACACAGGAUGAUAGAUUCAUGAUAAAAACAGUGAAGAAAUCUGAAGCAAAGGUGCUUAUCAGGAUGCUUGCAAGCUAUUAUCAGCAUGUCUCCCGCUAUCAAGAUUCACUUGUGACAAAGUUUUUUGGUAUACAUUGCAUCAAGCCAACAGGUGGGCAAAAGACUCGGUUCGUUGUGAUGGGCAACUUAUUCUGCUCGGAAUAUCGAAUCCAUCGGCGAUUCGACUUGAAAGGAUCAUCCCAUGGCCGGACAACGGGUACUCCUGAGGGAGAGAUUGAUGAAACCACAACUUUGAAGGAUCUUGAUCUUAAUUUUGUGUUUCGCCUUCAAUCCAACUGGUUUAGUGACUUUAUGAAACAAAUCGAUCGAGACUGCAAGUUCUUGGAAUCUGAAGGCAUCAUGGAUUACAGUCUUUUGGUUGGUCUUCACUUUCGUGAUGAUAAUACAUACAACAAAAUGGGGUUAUCUCCAUUUCUAUUGCGAACUGGCAAUAAAGAUUCAUACCAGAAUGAGAAGUUUAUGCUUGGUCAUCGUUUCCUUGAAGCGGAGUUACGAGAUAUGGACCGAGUCUUAUCUGGACGGAAGUCAUUGAUCAGAUUAGGAUCUAACAUGCCAGCAAGAGCCGAGCGAUUAGCUCGGCGUAGCGACUUCGAUCAGUACACCCCAGGUGGAAUGAACCAUCUAACCCCAUCUCGCAGUGGAGAGAUCUAUGAAAUAGUCCUCUACUUUGGGAUCAUUGACAUCUUACAAGAUUACGACAUAACCAAGAAACUGGAACACGCAUACAAGUCCUUGCAAGCUGACCCCACUUCAAUCUCAGCUGUUGAUCCUAAACUCUACUCCAAACGGUUCAGAGACUUCAUUGGCAGAAUAUUUAUUGAAGACAGGUAGUGAAAGGGAUUAGUUCAAUAUCAAGAUUAAUGCUGUCUGGUUGAAUUAGGGACCAGACCCUGCUAGCUGCUGCUGCUGCUGCUGCUGCUGCAGCACACGGAUGGGUGUAGCAAACGCUUUGAUCAGGCCCAGAACUUGGAUGUCGACGUCGAGGGAGGCGGGGCGGGGCAGGGCAGGGCAGGGCAGGGCGGUUUGAUACAAAAUCUGAGUCAAUGGGCUGUGGCUCAAUUCUCCGGCCCCUUCCCUUUCAAAAUGCUCUUUUUUCCAUGUGGGUAUUGGCUUUUUCAGGUUUUGGACGCCAUGGAAAGCAGAGAAAGGUGCAGAAAAGAUGGCGUAGGUGAGACCCAAUUCCCAUCCCGUUUCUUGUUUCUUGCCCACUUCGUUUACUUGUCCUUUCCUUCCUUCUUUGGAUCUUUCCUUCUCUCACUGUUCUUGUACUGUAUGGACUGUAAAUUUUUAAUCAAAUUCUUUCCUCUCUCUCUCCUCCUCUGAAUUAAAUUUUAAAUGAGAACUGAGGAGAGAGAAGAAAGAACUAAGCUGCUUUUUAAGCAUUGGUUUAAGCUAUGAAUGAGAAACAAAGUGGUGGUAUGGAAA